CAACAUAUGACCAAUGCAGGUACUGACGUUUUGCUAGAAUCUAGUCACUGUAGUGACUAAGAUAGUACUUUAGUUGUGUUUAGGUGGACGUUUAUACGGGUAGGCUGAAUAAAGUGCUUACAAGUUUCAGUGAAUUACGUAAAUUUAAAAGCAGCUAUCGGUGGGUGUGUUGACCUCCCAUCUAUGAUCUAGGUUUGUGCUGUAUUUACAUUUUGACUAAGUACAAGAUACAAAUCAAUCAUGAGCCUGCAGUGGACAUUGAUAGCUGGGUUUUUGUAUGCUGAGAUAGGCUUUAUGACUUUGCUACUACUUCCUUUAAUUUCACCUACAAGAUGGCACAGGAUAUUCAAGUCAAAAUUUUUUCAAGCUGUGACAAACCAAGCUCAUGUCUACUUUACUAUAUGCAUUGUUGGCCUUGUUCUUGUUUUUCUUGACUCUAUUCGAGAGAUAAGGAAACAUGCUGAAGGCAGAAAGUUGGAAACUGAGCAUGGGCACUUAGAUGCAGAAUUACAGCAUAGUGUCCGAAUGUUUCGAGCUGAAAGGAACUUUUACAUCUCUGGGUUUUCUCUUUUCUUGUUCCUGAUUAUCCGACGUCUGCUUAUCCUCAUUUCUGGUCAGGCUCUCUUGUUAGCUCAGAAUGAAGCCUUCAUGAAGCAGGCUACUAGUGCAUCGCAGCAUGCUGAAAAACUUAUGAAGGAACUGGAAAUGGAAAAAAAAGAAGAAAAUCAUGGAAAUAAUGAGGAAAAACAGGAAGUUCACAAGGAAGAAGUUGAACAGUUGAAACAAGAGUUACAGCAUGCCAAAGAAGAACUAGAACACACUACAAAUGACUUGAAGCAGUUAAAGUGUCAGGCAGAAUCAGUGAACAAUGAGUACAUGAAGCUAAUAGACCAGUAUGCUGAACUGAAGGCUGAGAAGGAGAAUGAAACGGGCCAGUCAGGUGAUAAGAAAGAAAACUAAAGAAAUGAAUAGUAGAAUGCUGCCACUGAAAGUUGGUGAUGAACAGUAUAAAAUAUGCUAAUGAUUUUCAUAAUUUUUAUUCUUAGGUGUCUUUUUUGGAUGUUUUAUUAAUUACCAGUUUGUGAAAAUUCACUACUCUGUUUGCUUUUUGACUACUUGACCUAUAAUUUUAAUAUAUAAAAAACUAUGAAUAUUCUUUAAUAAAAUGUAGCAUGAUAUAAAGGGAACAGGUUCACCAUAUUAAGAUAUCAUGAAAGAUAAAAAGUUAGACAAAUAACAAAAGAAAAAAUCUGAUAAUCUGAGAAGUUUUAUAUGGUAGAUCUUUCUUCUUAAGGGUUGAAUUGGUUCUUAGUUUAUUGUAAAUGAGGAUGGUCUACUUUCCAGGAAUGCUUCGGUUAUUAGAUUUCUUGUUUUACGAAUUAAUGAAUAUUGAUUAAUAGAAAACUGUCCUCAAUAUAUUUUGUGUAUGUAAGUAUUGAUCAGUGUGCUUUAUUAAUAAUAUUAACUAUCAAGUCAUUGUAAUUGUUACAGGGUAAUAAAAAUAUUAAUGGUUUUUUUUAAAGUGGAAGUUUGAAGUGAAAGUAUAUCUUAUUCAGCUUUGCAUUUUGUAGUUUGUAUUAAAUGCACCAAGUACAGCAGCCUAGGUAGUGAUUGGAUGUCUCUCUCUCUACUGAAGAGACACCUAUCGUGCUAAAUUUCAACCUCUUUAUUAAAACAUAUUUAAAAGUGUACCAUACCUGUUGGACAGUAGUACAGUCAAUAUUUAUAUUUUUCCCGUGUAUUUAGAUAUACAGUUAGAGUUAUUGACUUACUUUUGUUCUUAAUAAGCAUAAAAUUGCAGAUUUUAUAUUUGUUGGUUACUAAAAUAUUCUGAGAACUUUCAAUCCGUGUUCAUGUAUUAACUAAAGUUGCUAUGUAAUAAAAUUGGUUCAUUGGAUUUA